GACCGCUUCCGGUAGUCAACGUUGCCGCUGCUGCCGCUGCUGCUCCUGCUGCUGCUGAGGCUGCAGGCGGAGGCCGGAGGACCGGGCGGCGGCGGCGGCGGCGGCAGCGGGAGCGGGAUCGCAGCGGGACGACCGGGCGAGAGCAGGCGAGUUGAGAACCGAGCGCGAGGAGCCAGAGCCGCCCGGGCCCCGCCGCCGCCGUCGCCGCUGCCGCUGCACAAAGCCUCGAGCCCGCGUCGGAGCCAUGUCCGCGUCGACCGGCGGUGGCCACCAGCCCAGCCAGAGCCGCGCCAUCCCCACGCGCACCGUGGCCAUCAGCGACGCCGCGCAGCUACCUCAGGACUACUGCACCACGCCCGGGGGGACGCUGUUCUCCACGACGCCGGGAGGAACGCGAAUCAUUUAUGACCGAAAGUUUCUGUUGGACCGUCGCAAUUCUCCCAUGGCGCAGACCCCACCUUGCCAUCUCCCCAAUAUCCCUGGAGUCACCAGUCCUGGCGCCUUAAUUGAAGACUCCAAAGUAGAAGUGAACAACUUGAACAACCUGAACAAUCACGACAGGAAGCACGCAGUUGGGGAUGAGGCUCAGUUUGAGAUGGACAUCUAACUACUGCCAUGUGGAAGGAGGCCUCGUGGAGCAGCCUGUAUGCACCUGACUGGGCCAGUAGGAACACAGUGUACAGAGAAGCUCCUGUCCCCCUGCCCCCUCUGGGUGCCAAAUAAUGGGAGAUGUGCGCCAUCUGACCACAUCUUCCCGUCUCCCGCCCUCUGCCCAGUUAAGGUUAGGUUGAUGAAUAAGCCCUUGGAUUAUUCUGUGGAGCUGACCAGUCCACAGAAGAAAGCAGUCCCUGUAGCUUCCCGGGUCAUUUCCCAAGAAUCUUCCUGCCCUAUUGGGACUUGCCCCAAGUCCAGGACAGGUUCCAAGCAGCACCUCUGCUUGUAGGGGUUGGGGGUGAAGGAGGUUUAGUGCCCAUUGCCGUUCCUGGGCUCUCCCUGUCCUUCCCUGCAGCCCACUGCUGGUGGAGCGCUGGAUGUGGGGGACGUUUGUCCUCCGCUCUGGAGCACAGUCCUGUACCUCCUGCACCUCUGCUGCAUUCCUGGGCCAUGUGACAGCAGCCUCCCCUGUCUCUGGGAGGAAGGCUUCUGUCUUGUCUUGGGUGUGCUAGCUCAUUCCCCCCCCCCCCCCCAUUCCUUUACCUAAUUCAUUGGCACGGGUAUGUUUUUAAGCCCUCAUGAAGGGACCCCUUGGUGACCAGCUGGUCUUUGCCUGUCUGACAUUCUUUCUACCUGCAUCCCGCAGGCAGAGUCUGCCCUGCCACACCCGUGACGUUGUCUGCUCUUAGAGCAGAAGUGCCAGACACCUUGGCCUGCACCUUGUGAGGUCGGCCUGCUCUCAGCAGUCUGCCUGAGAAUGUGUCAGGGCCUCUGAAGAGGAAGAGGACUGAGCGCGGUGCAGCCAGCCUCGGGGCUCAUGGUUUUAAAACCAGGUGUACCUUACGUUGGGUGUCCUGCAGGUUACUAUGCCUUGAGUUUAUAGCUGACUUCCUCUUGCAUCUCUCCCCUACUUUGGAUCUGCCCAGAGAGAAGCACAGGCUAAGACAGUGUAUUCCUCCCAGGUCUCUCGCUCUUCUUAUCCCCCGUCCGUCCUUCCCUCUUCCCUUAAACUCUUUCCUUUUGGUUCUCCCACCGGGCCAUUUUCCAAAUCUGCAUCAGAGGACAUGCCUCCCAUGUUGGUAUCUGAUAAUAUUUGUCUCUUCUUAUCAGAGGAGAGACCUUUUAUUUUUAAGAUGACUACAGACCUAUUUUUAGAUAAGUUUUCAGUACAAUUUUGAACUGCAACUUUUUUAACAAAACAUCUUCCAGUAUUGGGAAGGUUAUUUUAAAAAGAAAAAAAAAAAAACAACAACAAAGACAAUGUUUGUAGGCAAGUCCGCUGCUGUCACUGUCCUUCGUCUCCCAUAGCCCCUCUGAGCUCUCCUGUGCCCUCAGCUUUGGGGGCUAUCUGGAGUGUAGAAUGGGUCCAGUCUGCCUUGCCAUGAGCUGUUGAAGAAAACUCCCCACCCCCACCCCCCCGCACUCUCCUGGUACUGUGGUCCACAUGGAGAUCCCAGGAGAGAGGCUUCCGACCGACAGGCUCAUCCAUCCAUCCUCCCAAGGGGAGACAGUAAAGUGAUCGGGGGUGCCCUGGGAGUUUCCGGUUUAAUUGGAUGCCUAUACUAAGCCCCCUUAGUAAGAGUUCAGGACCCCAUUGGCUGAGAAAGAAAGCUGUUUGUUUUUCUUCUGAACCAUGGCAAGACCCUCUUUUGUGAAGACUUCAGGAAAAAGAAAGAAGGACCAUCUUCAGACCAUGGUUCUGGUUUCUGCUACACAAUGUGAAAUAGCUCGGAGUGCAACCCUCUGCGACGGUCGCUGUCUCAGGAAUAAGCUUGGGGGGGUCUCCAAUGCUUGGGGAUUUUUGGAGUCUCCAAGGUGAUAAUCACAAGAGUUUUAUUUCUCUGUUAAAUGUAUCUGUUGUGUUUUUAAUUAAGCUCCAAAUUUCAUUUCCUAUGGAGUCUUGGGAAAAUGUAAGCUGUGCUGUCAUUGGGCUAAGAAGCUUGUUCAGGACCUUGUUCGUACCUGGGAGCAAGGCUCAUGGUUCUUCACGCUGGCGGUGCCUCCUGUAGACUCUGAAUCCUGCUGAAGUGAGGAGGUUGUGAGAGAAGAGCAUCAGCUUCCUCACUAAACAGUGGUCUGCACAGAGCGGCUUCCUCCUGGACCACAGCUCGGAAUGGAUCUUAGAAUGGACCUUAGAAUGGGCGCUGAGCAGGGAACUGUUUCCCUUUUCUUGCCAUCUUGGGGAGUCUGCAUAUGCAUCUUCUCUUCCCUCAGUCAGUGGACAUGUUCAGUAUUCUUUGGAGUGUCACCUGCGUGGGGCAGGAGCCUUCCAGCCUUAGGUCCUCGGCCAGGAUCCCUCACUUCCAGGGACAAGCCUUGUCUAAAGGCCGCCACUAACUGGUCUUUGACCUCCGUAAAUCAGCAGUGUGAGAUAAUUGCGCAAGGCAAGAAAUCAGCUUCCAAUGACAGCAUCUUUGUACAUGAGCCAUUUUCUAGUAAACAGAGUCCAUUUCGGAGUUCACCUCUGGGUGUGUACAGAGCCUCACAGCUGGAGCCUUAUGUGGAGAUGUGCGAUGCCCUAAUCUGCCAGUCCCCCCACUCCCACCCCUCCUCCGAGCGAGACAGGUGUUAACAUCUUAGUGACCAUCUGUUCUCUGUUGUGGGGACAACAGCCUUCAUGAAGAAGAACCCCCCUUCAGUGCUUUCCCUUCUGAGCUCCCAGCCCUCCUGUUCUGUGAACUAGGUCCUGCCUUCUCUGGGCAAGGAAUAGAAAAGCUAGCAGGAAUCCUGUCCUUUGGCGAGUAUAGGUUAUCUGUUGCUGUGUAAGAAAUGACCUGCAAUGACAAGGGCUUCUCUCGGGUGGGGAAUCAGGAGCACUGAGCAUGGAGACUUUAGCAUAGACUCUCAGGAAGAUACAGGUAGAAAGUGGGUGUGGGCCGCUCUCAUCUGGAGCUGGAGAAUUCUACUUUUUUUGUGACCAUCAGCAGGCUCCCUUCCUUGGUCACACCCCCGUGGGUCUCUGGGGUAGAUUCUGUGCUGGAGCACCCUGCUUCCUCCUGAAUGGUUGACCCCAGAGAAGGAGGUGGAAGAAGAAAGUUGGAGUGCCUUUAAUUCGCCAUGCCCUAAAAGGAGGAAAAGAGGAGAUGGGGGAGGUGGAGGCAGUCAGAGUCAUAAGCUAUUAGAACAGACUUCUAACUGCUUGUCCUAGAGAGGUGACAGGACGUGAAGAUUCCCAGAUCUCCAUCCUCAACUGCCAUCUUCUCAAGAAUGCUUGCUUUGCAAGUCUCAGGCGGCUGCUUUAAGCAUUGAUUACCACUUCUGCUUGCCUUUAGCCACGAAUUGACUAAAGGAACUGGGGGCAUUCUGGGGCUUGUUAGGCGGGUAACAAAGGAUGUUACAUGUUAGGUUCCUGAGCUGCAGAACGAGCAGCAGUCCCCUUUCCCUUCUGAUGAUGGUGUGGGUUCCAGGUGGGUCAAGGUCUCCCACCCAGAAGCAGCGUCUCCGUGAGCCAGGCACACCUGAAAGUGCCCGUGUCUGUGCCCUGGUCAGCGCAGCAUGCAGAGGAGCGAGUGAGCGAAUCGGCUCCUGGGUGCCUUGUUGGAAGUGUGCUCGUAAAAGAACCUGCAAGAGAAGCUUGAGAGGUAGCUCACCAGGGCCUCGGAUCUCACGGCAUGGCUGCUGCUUCCUGCUGGCUGGUCUCAUCAUCCUUCGGUGGAAGCUCUUGUUGGGAUUGGUGUGCUGUCCUUCGCUAGCACUUUCUUUCCUGUAGCCAUACUGCUUUAGCGUGUGCUUGAGGACUGUGGGUUUGGCCCGGGAGAUAGCCUGGGUACUGUCUCCUUGGGCGUCUCGGACCUUCCCAGUUGGGAUGGGUUCCACUGAGCGUCCAGACACCCGGCUCCUGCACAAGGCUCCGGUGUUGGCAGCCAUGUAUCAGGGAUGGAACCUCCUUCCCAUNUCUAUCUUGAGUGUUGGCGGCUUGAGGGGGUUGUGCCACAGCCCUUUCACUCCCUCUAGAAGGAAGGCACUGCUGUCUUCAUGUAUGUAGUUCAAGUUCUUUGAUGUGUUUUCUGGACUCCAUGCCCACGGCAGCUAUUUAUUAAUGUGCGAAACUCAAUCACUGACCCAUCCUGACCACAGGAAGGUGGGGCCUUCCCAUGUAGUGGGGGANCACCAUUUCUUGGGGCAGAAGGUUCUGUCUGAACUUAGAGUGGGGCAUGGUUCCCCUAGCCCCUAGCCUCUCGUCUUUUAGUGACGGGAAUUGGGUUUCUGCGGUUGACUCAGUCCUUCAGGGCUUAGCAGUGUUUCCUGCUCUGGUAACGGGUUUCAGCGUGGUGGCUUUUUGAGGCUAGCUCACAGAAACUUGACUGAAGACUAAGGAUGACUGACAGGUCNUCAAUUUUCCAGUNAGCCAAUCAAAAUACCUUCCCCACCCUCUGAAAUUGUAGCUUUCCUUUAGACAGGUCCUGGAACUUGGUGCCUGUUGGCAGAACUUAACUUUUAAAGGCUUCAGGUGGUUGGUCCAUGGCUUCUCCCUGCUUCCUCAGCUCUUAUAGCCCUGGUGGCCAUACUGCGUGCCCAGUAGAAAAAGACCUACUGCGCUGAGAUACUUCCCAGCAGAUGCAUAUUCNGGUUGACGUUUGUGAGGUGUAAGGGUGACAGCGAGAGGUUGGAUGCCUGGUAGACACAUGGCUGUGCCCCUGCCAGGGCUUCAGACCCAGACUCCAUGAAUCCAGCACAGAAUGCCCGUUCUUGCCUCUAUCCUCCCCUUCCUCUCCAUUUCAAUCUUGAAAACUGCCCAGCACUGACCUGAGGGUUAUGGCUGGAGAACGGGACAGUGGGGACACCAGCAGGAGGCAGGGCCCAUGAGGACCACACAGGCCCAAGCCAAUGCCUUUGCCCCACUUAAUGGCCACAGGUCAGCUCCAGUAAUCCUUAAAAUAAUUUAAAGAGCCUCCAAGGACUCCGAUCCCCAGUCGUCCAUCCAUUUUAAGCAUCUUGGUGUUUUCUGAUUACACUUCCCUGCUCGCUGCUGCUGUCCCAGCCUUGUGGGAUGGGGUUUCAGAGGCUGCCAGNGCUUCCCUUGGCUUCCUCUGGUGUGCUGUUACCCCCACCCCCACCCUCCUCUCAGUCNCUGUCAGCAAUGCCAUCCUAAGACCCUGUGUGAUCCCAUGACCAGUUUGUUUUCACUGUCCUGCCAAACAAGCAGGUGUUUGGAACUAGGGGAAAAAAUCCUCACCAACGGUUGCUGUUACAGUUAAAUAAAGACCUUGAAUACUGA